GCUAACACGAAAGGUUCAGCGCCAUGCAGUGAAAUACAACAAUAAUAGAUACAUAUGUACGGGUUGGAAUAAUUGAGAUUUAUAAAUGAACUCUUAAUGCAUUAAAAUGUCCACAAAUCAGUGGUUACACGGCUAUUUUGCAAAACUAAAUCCGUUGGCUGAAAAAAUAGCCUUUGAUAUGAGCGAAGUGAUAUCGGCUUAUGAUCAUGUGUGGCUUACAUUAACUCCAGCUCAGCAAGAUAAUAUACUUAAUGACACUAUUAUAAAACCAGAAAUAACAAUAAGGUAUUAUAAUAAGCCGACUUCUAAUUCACAGUCUCGCAAAGAAGAAUCCUCCAGAUUGAGCGUACAAAACACAAAAAAAGGUUCAAAAUGCCAGGAGCAUGAUAUUAUAUAUACGUAUGACAGACUAUAUAUAUGCACAUUUAUUCAUCAAAAUGUGGGCUUCAAGAUACUCCACGAUGAGCACAUUGGAGACUAUCGUGAUGAACAUUCAUUUCCAUUCAGUUAUAAAACCAAAUCGCAACUGAAUCUAUCAGAAAUUGGAACAAGUUUUAGCAUUCCAGAUGCUAGCAUUCACGUGAGCCCCAAAAAAAUACCACCAAUUAAGAAGAAAUCUUUAAGCGAACCUGAACCAGAUCAGGAAAAACAAAUAAUAUUAUUAGAGGAGGAGCCAAAGCGAAGCAAUUCAAAUAAUUGCACUAAAGCGAUAAAUGUAAUCGCUGAUGAGAAGUUUAAUCUCUUAUCCAAUUUCGGAUCGAAAAACACUCUGCUAAGCAUAUCGUCUGAUUCGAAUGAUUUUGAAAACGACUCCAAGGAGCAACAUUCUGAGAACAGUAAACUAUUGCCAGAAAAAGUCCAAAUGCCCAAAGGUUUCGAUUUUUUAAGCAACUGGUAGCCUACUUGAUUAAGUAUGCGUAAUAAUAUGCAUGUCUUUACCAAAAAAAA